ACCGGCCUUUGGUCGACCUUCACUCCCGCGACGCCCCGGAGGGAGCCAUGGCGCAGGAACGGGACCGAGCCACCGACCAGCUGAAGCUCUGGAAGGAGCAGCGGAGCUCGCGGACACCUGAUGAGAUCACCACAGGAGCUGGGGUUCCAGUAGGAGAUAAACUGAAUGCUCUGACGGCAGGGCAGCGGGGGCCUCUGCUUGUUCAGGAUGUGGUUUUCACUGAUGAAAUGGCUCACUUUGACCGAGAGAGAAUUCCCGAGAGAGUUGUUCACGCAAAGGGGGCAGGAGCAUUUGGAUAUUUUGAAGUCACUCAUGAUAUUACCAAAUACACUAAAGCAAAAGUGUUUGAGCAUAUUGGAAAACGAACUCCAAUUGCUGUUAGAUUCUCCACUGUUGCUGGAGAAUCUGGCUCAGCUGACACCGUUCGUGACCCUCGAGGGUUUGCCGUAAAAUUCUAUACCGAAGAUGGUAACUGGGAUCUCACGGGAAACAACACCCCCAUAUUCUUUAUUAGGGAUCCACUGUUGUUUCCAUCUUUUAUUCAUACUCAAAAAAGGAACCCUCAAACCCACCUGAAAGACCCUGACAUGGUGUGGGAUUUCUGGAGUCUCCGCCCCGAGUCUCUUCAUCAGGUUUCUUUCUUGUUCAGUGAUCGUGGAAUUCCAGAUGGCCACCGGCAUAUGAAUGGAUAUGGAUCUCACACUUUCAAAUUUGUUAACGCUAAUGGAGAGGCAGUUUACUGCAAAUUUCAUUAUAAGACUGACCAGGGUAUCAAAAAUCUUUCUGUUGAAGAGGCAGGAAGGCUGUCUCAGGAAGAUCCCGAUUAUGGCCUGCGAGACCUGUAUAAUGCCAUUGACACAGGCAAUUACCCAUCUUGGACUUUUUAUAUUCAGGUCAUGACUUUCGAGCAAGCAGAAAAAUUUCCAUUUAAUCCUUUUGACCUCACCAAGAUUUGGCCUCAUAAAGACUAUCCUCUUAUCCCUGUUGGUAAACUGACCCUAAACAGGAAUCCUAUUAAUUAUUUUGCGGAUGUGGAACAACUGGCCUUUGACCCAAGCAAUAUGCCACCAGGAAUUGAACCAAGCCCUGAUAAAAUGCUGCAAGGUCGUCUCUUUUCAUAUCCUGAUACUCAUCGCCACCGUCUAGGAGCCAACUACCUGCAACUACCUGUAAAUUGCCCCUACAGAGCACGAGUGACCAACUAUCAAAGAGAUGGGCCCAUGUGUGUGUGUGACAACCAAGGUGGGGCACCGAAUUAUUUCCCAAAUAGCUUUAGUGGCCCCGAGAAUCUUCCAAAGGCAUUGGAGCAUCGCUAUCGCAUAUCUGCCGAUGUUCAACGCUUUAAUAGUGCAGAUGAAGAUAAUGUAACCCAGGUGCGGGACUUCUAUACCCAAGUGCUGAAUGAAGAAGAACGAAAACGCCUUUGCGAGAAUAUUGGUGGUCACCUUAAGGAUGCUCAGCUUUUCAUCCAGAAGAGAGCGGUGAAAAAUUUCACUGAUGUUCAUCCUGACUAUGGGUCAAGAAUCCAGGCCCUUCUGGAUAAAUACAAUGCUAUGGAAAAAAAGAAUGUGAUUAGAACCUUUUCUCAGCCAUCACAUCAUUUGGCUGCAAAAGAGAAAGCUAACCUGUGAACUCAAUGCCAAGACCAGGUCCCAUCCAAGAAGGAGGAUUACUAUGGAAGGCAUAAACAAAUGAAGCAGAUUGCUGCAUAGUAUCAGGAUUAGCUGUAGUUUGCCUACACAGAUACAAAUAUAUGCCUUUACAUUGACAAGUGAUUCAAUAACCUUUAAUGCUUUCUAAUACUGAUGUGCUAGUCUGUCCGUGUUUAAUGCAUAUGGAAAAUAAGUUUCUCAGAAAUUAAUGCUUAUUUUUAAAACAAGUGUUUCUUCUGUCCUUGGAAUGAUUAUUUGAUGAAAUUACUGGAAGGAACCUGAUUGGAAUUGUUAUCAGUUUUUAUAAGUUUUUCAGAAUCAGUGUCAUUUCUAUCUGCACCAAUUACACCAAGAAGGAAAAUAAACACAAAUAGGCAAUACUAGCCAUACAGAAAACUGAUUAUUUUUUAAUCAUUUGUUUCCUUACAGGGAAAAAUAUUACAUAAAGGUGUAAUUCAUCCUAGAUAAUAAUUGCCAUUAUAAAUGUUUUCUAAUGCUUAUCUCUCUUGGGAAAAAUUUGGUUUACUUUGUUAGAAUACAAAUUAUACUAAUGCACAGUUAGUGAAAAUGAUUUAUUUGUAAUGUUUUACUUUCAAAAUAAAAUAAUCUACGCCUA